AGUUGACAAAACAAGAUUUACUACUUUUGAUGUUUAUGUCAUUAUUUGUGCAGUUCAAGUUUGCUGAAUCGGUUGUGCCACAACAGGAAGUGGCAGCAGUUAAAAGCAUUCUUACGACAAUGGGUGCAACUAGUUGGAGUUUCAACGGUGACACUUGCAAUCUUGAUCUCAUUCUUGAAGUGCCAAUAAUCUCUCAGGAAGCUAAUGCCAGUAUUGGAUGCGAUUGCAGUAUCACCAACAGCUCGGAUUGUCAUGUUGUCAGGAUAACAAUGAAGUUUUAUAGUCUUGCUGGUGUUCUUUCACCUGAAUUGAUGAAACUUCCCUACCUCAAGUCAAUUGACUUUGCUUACAAUUACUUAAACGGUACAAUACCACCAGAAUGGGGUAUGACACGUUUACAAGAAAUUUCUGUUCUUGGUAAUCGAUUAACGGGUAAAAUCCCACCUGAACUGGGGAAUAUUAGCACUCUCACAAAGCUGGACUGUGAGGGAAACUACUUUUCAGGAACCAUUCCUUCUCAACUUGGGAGAUUAUACAAUUUGAAAUCUUUGAUGCUGUCCUCCAAUCAGUUUACAGGGACGUUGCCAGCGGCUCUUGGUGAUCUAAGAAACUUAACAAAUUUCAGGAUAAAUGAUUGCAACUUCAGUGGGUACAUACCUGAUUUCAUACAGAACUGGAGAGACCUCACAAGACUUGAAAUGGUUGCGAGUGGACUGAAGGGACCCAUUCCUUCAAGUGUAUCUUCCCUUGAGAGUUUAACCGACUUGAGGAUUGGUGACUUGCCUGGACCAGCACAGGGAUUUCCUCAAAUUAACAAUGCCAGUGGAUUAAUAAGAUUGGUAUUGAGAAAUUGCAACAUUUCAGGAGAAUUGCCUGCCUAUGUUUGGCAACUCAGGGAACUGGAAUUGUUGGACGUAAGCUAUAACAGGCUGGUAGGCGGAAUAUCUCCAAACAUCAUAGGGAGGAGCUUGAGAUUUGUGUUUUUAACGGGUAACAUGCUAACUGGAGACAUACCAGACUCGCUAUUGAUAAAUGGAGCGAGCAUUGACCUCUCCUACAACAAUUUUACAUGGCAAGGACCUAAUCGACCCUCAUGUCGACAAAACACGAAUACAUACAUCAACUUGUUUAAAAGCUCUUCAACAGGGAACCCAUUACAGGACAUACUUGCAUGCAGAGAUGAUAUCAAAUGUCCAAGAUAUGAAUGUUCAAUGCAUGUUAAUAGUGGUGGAAGUGAUCUAACAAUGAAAGAAAGUAAUAGAGAUGUUGUGUACGAAGGAGAUGCAAAUGUUGAUGGUGGUUCAUCUCGAUUGUACAUAAGCAAUAGGAAUUGGGGAUUCAGUAGUACUGGUGACUUCAUGGAUGACAAUGUUUACCAAAACACCCGAUACAUUUCAACGUUGGACAAUUCAACAAGCCUAUCUUCUGUUUACACAACUGCACGUCUCUCUCCACUUUCGCUUGUUUACUUUAGCCAUUGUUUGGAAAACGGAGAAUAUGCUGUGAAUCUACACUUUGCUGAAAUACAGUUCAGUAAUGAUAGUACAUAUCGAAGCCUUGGCAAGCGAAUUUUUGAUAUUUAUAUUCAGGGGCAACUGGUUAAAAAAAACUUUAAUAUUGACGAUGAGUCUAAUGGAAGGGGAAACCCGGUGGUCAUUCCGUUUAAUGCUAGUGUAACAAAUAACAUUUUAGAGAUACGCUUUUACUGGGCCGGUAAAGGGACAACACGCUUUCCAAGAAGAGGAGUUUAUGGCCCCCUUGUAUCAGCUAUAUCUGUCGACCCUUAUUUCAAAACUUGUUCAGUUGGAGGGAAGAAAAAUAAGAAAAUCGCUUAUGUUGGUAUUGCUAUAGGGGCGGCAUGUCUUUUUUUGUUAGUGUUGGCCAUAGUCUGGUGGAGACGCUCUUUAAAACACAAUAAACGGAAAGAUAAAGUUUUGCAAGGAAUGGAGUUUAAAACGAUUUCAUUUUCGUUAAAGCAAUUAAAAUCUGCCACUAGUAACUUCAAUGUUACAAACAAGAUAGGAGAAGGUGGUUUUGGCCCCGUUUAUAAGGGUACAUUGUCUGAUGGAACAGUUAUUGCAGUAAAACAGCUUUCAUCCCAAUCAAGACAAGGGAAUCGAGAAUUCUUAAAUGAAGUUGGCGUGAUAUCUUGUUUACAACACCCGAACCUUGUGAAGCUUCAUGGAUGCUGCAUUGAAGGAGAUCAGUUGAUGCUCGUAUACGAAUACAUGGAAAAUAAUAGCCUUUCCAAUGCUUUGUUUGGUUUGAAUAACAGCGAGCUGAAGUUGGAUUGGCCAAUGAGGUUUAAGAUUUGUAUUGGUAUAGCUAAAGGUUUAGCUUUUCUUCAUGAAGAAUCAAGGCUCAAAAUUGUGCAUAGAGAUAUCAAAGCUACUAAUGUUCUUCUUGAUAAAGACCUGAAUCCGAAAAUUGCAGACUUCGGGUUAGCAAGGCUAAGUGACGAGGACCAAACUCAUGUCAGCACUCGUGUCGCAGGAACAAUAGGAUAUAUGGCACCGGAGUAUGCACUAUGGGGUUUCUUGAGUGACAAAGCGGAUGUUUACAGCUUUGGGGUGUUGGCUUUGGAGAUUGUGAGCGGAAAGAACAACACGAGUUAUAUUCCUGGUGAUGGCUGUAUAUGUCUUUUAGAUUGGGCUUGUCAGUUGCAAAAUAGCAAAAACUACAAAGAGCUAUUUGAUGAGAAAUUGGGUUCUCAAAUCAACAAAGAAGAAGCGGAAAUCGUGGUGAAAGUAGCUCUCUUGUGCACAAAUGGUUCUCCGUCUAUAAGGCCCAUUAUGUCAGAAGUAGUGAGUAUGCUUGAAGGUCAAACAUGUAUCCCAGAGCUCGACCCAGAAACAAGUGGUUACUCGGAAGAUUUGAGAUUCAAAGCUAUGAGAGACUUUCGCGAGGGAAAAUACACUCAAACUCAAAGUCAAUACUCUUCCACGGUUCAAACAGAUCCAGCAUUUUCAGUGUCCUCUUAUGAUCAUUCUGAGGUUGACCCAGUCAUCUCCAGAUGAUACAAAAGACUAGAUCUUCGUUUAUAGCAUACCAAAAGUUUCAGACCAAAUAUAGAAUCCGAUCAAGCAACUCUUUAGUUUUGUAAAACCAUUAACUUUUAGUUCAUACAGUUGUGUAAAUACGGUGCAAAAUGUACUAUAGACACUGUAAAGGGAUUGCAUCAAGAAAAAAAAUUGUAAUAAUUAGCAAAUAAAUCUCUAACAUAUUAACAAA